ACAUAUAUUCCCCCAACUUUUCACUUUACAAUUCGGUAGUUGGCGUCACUGGGUGGCUUUUUCUUCAUUUGCUCUGCUUGCCGUUGCUUUUGUCGUUUUACACUUGUUCCACUGGGUUCUGGCUGCACUGAACUGGCAUGUAGAAUGGCGUUUCUUUCAUGGAUGUUUUUCAAGUAACGAAUGCUAUACCCACCUUGGGAGAGUUGGAUGGAUUGGGGUAUGGGCUCGAAAAGAGGCUAAAAAUAAAAAAAAAAAUAAAAAAAAAAAAGCGGCACGAAGUCAUUUGGAACGGUUUCAAUAGGGUUCUAAUUGGAAUAUUACGGCUGGAAAGCCCGCCUUGUAGCUAUUUAUUUUUAUACCAGGUUAAAGGUUUAAAGUUCUACAACAAGCACAUAGCAGGACCGGGAUCUAUGACACCCUUUUUUCCAGAAACAAAAGCGGAUUGGUAUCAAUUCUCUAGGAACAGCGCCUAUUGUGCGUCUUCUAUCAAUCUAACAAAAAAAAGAACACAGAAAACACACAUAAUUAAACCGCUCAGACCUGCUCAUGCAAAAAUUAAAGCAUUCGCUUCUCCCAUCCAUGUAUACAAAAGACAGCAAAAAAUAGGCGGCUAGAACAAUGGCGGACAACCUUCAGCCAGAGACAUACGAGGUAGAAAAGCAGAAAGAAAGGGAGAGAUAAACAAAGAAAGGGCAGAGUCGAAAGGCCGACCUUAGACUCAAACAAAGGAGAAGAUGGUACAGUGAAUAUAGAAGCAGUCGAGGGGAGGCUAAAGACAAAGCCAGAACCAGUCAGCGUGGAUUAGACUCCAACACUCAAAGCGGCGACUUUU